AUGAAUCAAGUGGAAAAUGCGCAUCUUAUCAACGACACGAUCAACUCAUUCUCUUGGACCAAUCUGGAAGUGGCUGUCAAGGAUCGGAAAACAAAAGCGACUCUGACUAUUCUCUCAGACGCAGCAGGGAUUGUCAAUGCCGGCGAGAUGCUUGCCAUUAUGGGCCCCAGCGGAUCUGGUAAGACUACGUUAUUGAAUGCGCUAGCACACAGAGCAGCUGCUGCAAAUGCGGCCACUACUGGAAGUAUUCUGGUCAAUGGCCACAAGAUAUCUCUUCAGCAAAUUCGUCAUUUGUCUAGUUACGUUGAGCAAGAGGAUGCCCUGAUAGGUAGUCUUACAGUUCAAGAGACUAUGGUGUUUGCGGCGCGACUAUCCCUUCCAAAUACAAUAAGCAAAAAAGAUGUUUUCAAACGCGUUGAUGAUCUUAUAGCCGCCUUUGGUUUACGAGCUCAGGCAGAUACUGUCGUUGGAACGCCCAUCAAAAAGGGUCUCAGUGGCGGCCAAAAGAAGCGGCUUGGUGUCGCUAGUCGAUUGGUCACAAAUCCAAAGAUCAUUUUCCUAGAUGAACCAACAAGCGGACUGGAUUCUGCGCUGAGUCUCGAAGUGUGCACCUACAUCAAAGCCAUCGGUCGCAAGAACAAUCUCAUUACAAUAGCGUCGAUUCAUCAGCCAUCUUCCGCAACGUUUCAACAAUUCGACAAACUGUACCUGCUGUCUGGCGGACGAACCUGUUACUUUGGCCCGGUAUCAGAAGCGACCGCAUAUUUCGCCAAGAUUGGUUACGCAAUCCCACCAGAGACGAACUCGGCAGAUUUCUUCCUCGAUUUGAUCAACACUGAUCUCGAUAAGAAUGGUGACAUUCGCCGUCGAACAGAUCAUAUAUGCCAGGCUUGGAAAACCUCUCCCGCUUGCAAUAGCCUUGACGAUGCCAUCCAAAAGUCUAUGGAAGGGACGUCGUUAUAUUCAGACCUCAAGAUUGAUCCCUCGGAGUCAUGGAAAACGCCGCUGAUACUUAUUCACCGCUCCUGGAUCAAGUCUUACAGAGACGUUAUGGCCUACGGUAUUCGCGUCGCCAUGUAUCUUGGACUGGCUAUCCUUAUGGGCACUGUCUUCUUGCGUUUCAAAACAGAGCAGUCAUACAUACAACCUCUAAUCAAUGCCAUUUUCUUCGGCGGCGCCUUCAUGUCAUUCAUGGCUGUCGCCUACGUCCCAGCUUUUCUCGAAGAUCACAGCACUUUCCGACAGGAGCGCGCGAAUGGGCUGGUCAGCCCCCUUUCUUUUAUGGUAGCCAACUUUCUUAUUGGUCUUCCUUUCCUAUUUGCCAUUUCUUUCCUCUUCUCCGUUGUUACAUACUGGUUAUCCAAUUUCCGUCCAGAUGGGUCUGCAUUCUUUACGUGGAUCCUCUGGCUUUUCCUAGAUCUUGUUGCCGCCGAGUCUCUGGUUGUUUUGAUCUCUUCCAUAUUCAACAUCUUUGUUGUUGCAUUGGCGGCAACGGCAUUUGCGAAUGGACUUUGGAUGUGUGUUAACGGUUUCUUGGUCCCUAUGAGCAUACUGAAUCCAUUCUGGAAGUAUGUAUUUCACUACAUCGACUACCAAGCCUAUGUCUUCCAAGGCAUGAUGGUUAAUGAAUUCGCACACCGCGACUAUCAAUGUGAUGAAAUAUCCAAAGGCGAAUACCAGUGCAAUUAUCCAAGCGACUUGAACUCCAUCGGUAAGAUCCGUGGGACCGACAUUUUGCGCCAAUUCAGUAUCAAGACAGGCCAAGAGGGCACAUGGAUAGGCAUUAUGAUCGGCAUUAUUGCCGCGUAUCGAUUGCUCGCGUUUAUCGUGUUAGCAUGUCGAAAAUAG